AUGGACAAAUUAAAGGAGCUGGAUGCCGAGACCUGGCAGGAAAAGGCUGACGAGUACUCGGCCAAGGUGAAAGAGAUGGAACAACAAGCUCUGGAGAAGGACAACCAGAUCCAAGCUCUGACCCGGAAGAACCAGGUUCUGGAGGAGGAGUUGGAGAAGGCCGAACAGGAGCUCAGCGAGCUCAAGAAGGUUGCUGGAGACGCUCACCAAUUGAAGGCCGCCAACGACAACUACACAAAGAAACACUCGAUGCUGGAGGAAGAGCUCGAAGCUGCCGACGCCAACCUGAAGGAGACCACUGCCAAGCUGAGGGAGACGGAUAUCCGUGCAGAAACCUUGGAGAAGAAGGUCACGUCUCUUGAAAGCGAGAAGGCCGACCUCGAGAACAAGUUUGAGGAGCUGGAGGCCAAGUACAAGGCUGCGCAGGAGGAGCUGGAGUCGAUCAGCGCGCAAUUGGAGGCCAUCUAA